AUGUCCCAGCCUGUUCCGAAGAAUGUGACAGCCUGGCGGCUGAAUAACGCAGAGAAGGCUGAGCUUAAAAAGCGCGUGGCCGAUGGAGAAUCGGAGGCAGAGGCUAAGUACAGCCUGCAACUUGCCAAAGCUCUCGCCAAUGAAAGCCGCAAGAGUGCGGCUUUGGCCGUGGCGACCAACGCCUCCGAAGCGUCAGGAGGAACCGCGCCCAGAGCCAAGGCUAAGGCGAAGGCGGAGCCGCGUCCUUCGCCGUCUGCGGUGGAGGGGCCAAACCAAGGCUAUUACUCCGAGCUGCAGGCUUGCGAGCAGGCUAUCUUGGCCGAGUUUCCAGGUCUGGAAUUGGAAAGCCCGCUUCCACUGCACUCUGCGGCGGACUCCGUGGAUGCGGCCGCCGCAGGCGUGCAAGACCCAUUCGAUGCUGGGAAGGCACGCGUUGCUCUUUCAUUGCACGGCGUCUACAGGUGCAGCGUCAGCCUGUGGAGCUUGAACACGAAAGCAUCUCCAACUCCUGACAUCCCCAUGUCCAUGCGAAGAGUUCGUGACAUGGCUUCUUAUUUCUAUGGUGAGGAUGGGUCGAAGCCUGCUUUUAUGACAGGGAAGCAGAUAGAAGUGAUGGCUUGCGAUGCCAAUUCUGUUGCGGCUAGCCGCUUGCAGAUGGUUUCGCCGGAGGAGCUUGCGCACUCAAUGAUCAUUGGAUGCUCCAAUGCUCUCAAGUCAAAGUCGUGGCCAACUGUCAAAGCGACUUGGAAAGCAGUAAUGCUUUCGGUCCCGUGCUCCUUCAUUCUGAUGCUGCCAUCCAACCUGUGGAUGGAAGCGUUCAACCGGCGACAGAAUGUGCUCCAGCUGCACGAGAGUAUGGCAAGGACUGCGGUCCAAACAACAUUGGAGCUGAUGUCAAUGAAAUCCGUGGUGCAAGCGAUGGGACCUAGUUACCAAAAACUGAAAGAUGCAGACUUAGCUGCGGAGCUGACCAAGCUGGGCUGCAAGUCUGUGGUGGGAGGUCGAAAGUCCAAGGACGAUGAGGACUCUGGAGCCAUCACGGCAAAUCUGUUGACCAUCGCUCAGCAAGUGGCCAAGUCUGUGUUGACAAACCCUGCCUGCGUUGCAUCGCUUAUGCAACUGGAGCAAGAGUUUGGGACGCGCAGUCCCUUUCACCGCAUGGCGUCCCUGGGGGUGAUCGCGAAAAAACCCUCUAGCAGUGCUAUGCGAGAGUGGUGUUUGAAUUGUGUCGUGGACGGCAUGCUCUUUGAAUCGCUCUCGCCGAGCGACGUCAGCAAAGGGUCGCUGAGUGGCGACAAGCAUCACACUGGGUUGGUUACACUUUAUGAGAUGAAAUGGAAGGCUCCUUAG